CGCAGUACGGAAGUGUGCUCUGGCGCACCGGAAGCCGCUGGAAGAGAGCGAUGGCGGGUUUGACUGUGAGAGACCCUGCGGUGGAUCGUUCUCUACGUUCGGUGUUCGUGGGGAACAUUCCAUAUGAGGCUACUGAAGAGCAAUUAAAGGACAUCUUUUCUGAGGUUGGACCUGUUGUUAGUUUCAGGUUGGUAUAUGAUAGGGAGACAGGAAAGCCAAAAGGUUAUGGCUUCUGUGAAUACCAAGACCAGGAGACAGCACUUAGUGCCAUGCGAAACCUAAAUGGGCGCGAAUUCAGUGGGAGAGCACUUCGAGUGGACAAUGCUGCCAGCGAAAAGAACAAAGAAGAGCUGAAGAGCCUUGGCACUGGUGCCCCUGUCAUUGAGUCACCUUAUGGAGAGACCAUCAGUCCUGAGGAUGCCCCUGAGUCCAUUAGCAAAGCAGUUGCCAGUCUUCCACCAGAGCAGAUGUUUGAGCUGAUGAAACAAAUGAAGCUCUGUGUCCAGAAUAGUCCUCAGGAAGCACGGAACAUGUUGCUUCAGAACCCUCAACUGGCUUAUGCUUUGCUACAAGCCCAGGUAGUGAUGAGAAUUGUGGAUCCAGAAAUUGCCUUGAAAAUUCUGCAUCGCCAGACAAAUAUCCCAACACUGAUUGCAGGCAACCCUCAGACAGUCCACAGCGCCGGACCUGGCUCAGGAUCCAAUGUGUCGAUGAACCAGCAGAAUCCUCAGGCCCCUCAGGCCCAGUCUUUGAGUGGAAUGCAUGUCAAUGGCGCACCUCCUCUGAUGCAAGCUUCUCUGCAGGCUGGAGUUGCAGCACCAGGGCAGAUACCAGCCACUGUAACAGGACCUGGGCCUGGUUCCUUAGCUCCUGGAGGAGGAAUGCAGGCCCAGGUUGGAAUGCCAGGAAGUGGACCAGUGUCCAUGGAGCGGGGACAAGGAACCCUACAGCACUCGCCCGUGGGACCCACCGGGCCUGCAUCAAUUGAGCGAGUUCAAGUGCCGAUGCAAGACCCCAGAGCAGCUAUGCAGCGUGGGCCCUUGCCUGCCAACGUCCCAACUCCUCGAGGUCUGUUGGGAGAUGCUCCAAAUGACCCACGCGGAGGCACUUUACUUUCUGUAACUGGAGAGGUAGAGCCUAGAGGUUACCUGGGACCACCCCAUCAGGGUCCGCCCAUGCACCAUGUCCCUGGCCAUGACAGCCGUGGUCCACCCCCACAUGAGAUGCGGGGAGGGCCAUUAGCUGAGCCCAGACCUCUAAUGGCAGAGCCAAGAGGACCCAUGCUAGAUCAGAGGGGUCCACCAUUGGAUGGCAGAGGUGGAAGAGAUCCCCGAGGCAUAGAUGCACGAGGGAUGGAGGCACGAGCCAUGGAGGCAAGAGGAUUAGAUGCUAGAGGAUUGGAAGCCCGUGCAAUGGAGGCCCGUGCAAUGGAGGCUCGUGCGAUGGAGGCCCGUGCAAUGGAGGCCCGUGCAAUGGAAGUCAGAGGGAUGGAGGCCAGAAGCAUGGAUACAAGGGGCCCAGUCCCAGGCCCUAGAGGCCCUAUACCUAGUGGAAUCCAGGGUCCCAGUCCAAUUAACAUGGGGACAGUUGGCCCCCAGGGAUCCAGACAGGUACCAGUCAUGCAGGGAGCGGGCAUGCAAGGAGCGAGCAUUCAGGGUGGAGGCCAGCCUGGUGGCUUUAGUCCUGGCCAGAACCAAGUCACUCCGCAGGACCAUGAGAAGGCUGCUUUAAUCAUGCAGGUUCUUCAACUAACUGCAGACCAGAUCGCCAUGCUGCCUCCUGAGCAGAGGCAGAGUAUCCUGAUCUUAAAGGAACAAAUACAGAAAUCUACUGGAGCGCCUUAAAAGGUUUUCAAAACUACCUGCCAACAAAUAUGGAAAUUAAUUCCAUAACUUUGUUGAAAUGUUGCAAAAAGAUGAGUUCUGCAUCCUAACCCUUGAAUGACUCAAGUUGGUGCCAGGUGGAGGACUCCCAUCACCUUCUCUCAGAACAAAAUCAGUUCAUUCUGUUGUCUUAGUUUGUAUGUUUUCUGUGACUUGAAAUAAACUUUGAACACAAUUUUAGUAUACUGCAAAUUGAUAUACAUGACCUUUUUGCUUUUAAAAGGCUGAACACCAAGGGUGAAACCUUACAUGUGUUUUCUACCCUUAUUGCAGUAUUGUACUUUAAUAUUAUGUUGCCAUAGCUCUGUUUUUCAUUUUAAGUUAACCAUUUAUUCUUCUUGAUGAUAUUUGAGAAUUUCUCAGAAACAGUGUUUUCUGGAACUUACUUUUUGCUUAGUUUGCUUCCAACAGGAAUAAUAUUUGCCCUUUGAGAGCUUGCUAGAACUUCUGAGUCUACUGGGAGACAAUAGCAUGUGCUUAGAGCUGUAAAAUGGUCAGAAGGCCAACAAUGCAAAGAGCCUACCUAGGAGAGCAGUGUAUUUAGUUUAGAAAAAUCCAAAUAUCAAAAUGUAUUUUUUGGUCAGUACCAAGUCUAUUCACACGCAUAGUUCAGAGUUAAGACAAAGAUGAUGUAUGAUCACUGGUUUGAGUGUGUCAACAACACAAGAGACUGUUGACAUUUUCUUGUCUGUUUUAAAACUCUUCAGUCUGGGUAGUCAACCUUAAAAGUUAAGAAAGCCACUAAUUUUUCACAUGUUCAAGGUGAAAUAAACACUGAACAGAAAUCAAACAAACAAAAUACAUUUCAUCCUGCCUUCUAAAUAAUUACUAACCUACAGCCCUACCUAGUAACCAUAUUUAUUCUGGGAAACUAAAACAUAGAAACUCUAAAACUUUUACAUUUUUCUCAUUUAUUUUAAGAGGACCAAAUGUAGAGCAUAAGCUGUCAGAUUGCCCAUUAGGCCUGCCCCUGCCUGCUUCCUUUCACAUAGGUGUGAACAUAAUCAGUGCCACUGGCUCUAACCUAUUGCUCUUCCAGCCUAGUAUUCUCUCUCUCAUAGUGGCAUUAAGGAGAAACAUGAUUUCUCUCCAUCAGGCCAACCUCAAGAGGUUAAGAGGUGCCUUAAUAAUUAGUAAAGUUCCACUGGAACUACUCCUGAGCCUAUUUAUGUUCUCAGAGUCCUAGCCUCUGGGUUAGGAUUAUGGUCAAGUGAAUUAAAAGCCUGCCAUAGGCUUAGAGAAUGUAAUAGCAUAUUGCUUACCUGUGAAGCAAAAGAAUGCAAAGAUAAUCAACUUUAUGAGAGACAUUAAAAUUGAGGGAUUUUCUACUCUGAUAUAUAAACAUUUACUGCAACAAAAAUUUGCUGAAUAAGAUAACUUGAUAUUACAACCUAGGAAGAAAAACUUGCUCAAAACAGCCGAGGAGCUUUCUGGGUAUCUUGCUCAUCCCCAGUUCAGGCUUAGAUGUUGAUUAUGUGUAGGAUUUAUUAUCAUUACCUUUUCUGCCUACUUCCAUGAACAUUCUAGGCCUUGAUAUGUUGAUUUUAGCAACAGUCAUAUCUUGAAGUGUCAAUAUAUUUAGACAUUAAGACCAAGAGUACAGCCUUUCUCCUUAGGAACUCAUUAUAAGUUUCAAGAACACUAAGAUUCCAAAUCAAACUCACUGAAGAUCAAAUUAUAAUUUGGUCAGCAGUUGUCUGGUAGGAACCAUAUCAUCAAGGUUCCAUUGUGCAUGUUCCUAAAGCCUUAUUAAAUUUAAAUUAGCUGAAAUCUGGGAAAUUGGUAACAGCAGGGGUAUCCCAGUCUAUUCCCAUGGAGACAUC